AGUGGGUCUAGAUGACCCACCUCCCAAUGGUAAAGUGCCUAGGAUAGACCAAGGGGUACAGAACAUGCAUGUCCAUCACUGUGGUUCUCCUUCAGCCAGUUCAAAUGUCCUGACAUGCUAAAAGCUAGCUUGUGAUUGGACGUCUUCUUGUUUGCAUCACAUGAACGUGAAAACACAACAGGAUGAGAACCGGACAAAGCUGGACAGAAACCGACUAUUUCCUUCCAGAUCGACUGGAUACUUCAGAAUCUUGUGGUUUUGAACUGACACUGCAGUUACUGUCAGUACUAGAUCCGUUUUUCUGUAUGCAUCUGUACCCUUAUAUCCAGAAUUUCCUGUGGUUCUGCCUCCAAGCUGGAACCACAACUUUGAUUCUAAGAAAGAUCUGUUUUUGUUUGUUUUGAUGAUGUCAUUUGUUCUAUACAAUGACUAUUUGUAUUGUCAGAACAAGUGCAAGAAGUUCUGAUUCUGCAGAACCAGAGAGGAACAAAGCUCCGGACUUCUCAAAUACUUCCUGGAAUUUAACCUCAACCUUCUGCCACGACGUUCCUGCUGAGGUCCAGGCGGUUGACUUAUGAGAUCCAGGAACUAAUCUACAGAGAAUGACCUUCAGGGUCCAGGUCUGCGCGUGUUCUCCUUGACGCUCCUCAUCCAGAACCAAAUGAGAUGCGUGAGUGGAUCCCUGCACUUCUCAUCUGAGCAGCAGUGCUUUCAUCACAGCAGCUCCAGGUUCUCCUGCUGAUCGCUCAUGAAUAACGGAUGAAGCUCCGCCGAAGAGCAGCGGCUCUCACAAAUGCUAAUGACAGCUUCACGUGCAGCAGCAGCACAUCCACACGUCUGUCUGAGACCACAGAACCCGUCCACGUCCACAGAGCAUAGAGCUCCUCUGGACGGUCAGAAUGUUCUGAGGUUUGUCCUCUGAAACCAGACAGCCGUAACUCUGGUUGAUCAGCUGGUGGUUCCAUGUGGAUGCGUCUAAACGCUGGGAAGCUAUGAUCCAGGUUCAUGUUUGAUCUGCAGGACGUUCUUCUCUCCCUCAUCAACGCAGAACCAGAGGAGCAGCUGGUCUGAAGGAACCCGGCUGACAACAGAACAGGAAGAACCUACCUGAACCAAAAGCUCAUUCAAAGUCCAAAGAUGAUGUCUGUCCCCAGAGGUUCUGGGGACAACGUCUCAUGGGACAUCCUGAGUGCAGACAGAACAUGUGGAAGUUUCAGAACCUUUGGGGGGAGCAACAGAAGACACUCUGACCUCUGACCUCCAGUCCUGGUCUUUGUGGAAAGUAUCUGAGAAGAUUUACUCCAGACAUCUACAGAUCUGUACUUUUUACUGCUGAGUUUCAUGACGAGGAGAAGCUUUAGACCAAAGAGGCGUCUGUGGUCACAUGAUCUGCACAUCCUCUGGGAUCAUCCUUGCAUCUGUCCACGCGCCAACACAAAUGAUGAAGCUAGCACGCACUGGCUAACGGAUAGAAGCUGAUGAAGAGGAACGAAAACGUCGACCGGAGUUCUGACCCGAUUCUGUAACCCGAUUCCUGGCAGCUGUUUUCAUCAGCGGACCGCUCACACAUUCACAGAGAGGAAAAAAACAACUUCCUGCCGGGGAACCAGCCCCUGGUGGUCUGCUGAGGAACUGCAAUCCUUUUCCUGUUCGGCUUCUGUUAACAGAAGGUUCUCGGUCACACAAAGGGAGGAGGGCCUCUGCUCACAGACAGCCAAUCAGAGAGCAGAGUGAGUGAGAGGCGGGGACAGAGAUUAAGCUGUUUGGAGGAGAGGAGGAGGAGGGAGAACCAGCUGCAGAAAAAGAAAGGUUCUCAGUGAAGAGCUGAGCUGGAGCUCUGACUUCCUGAAGCUCCGUUUCCUUUCAGAAAGCAGAUUUCCGUCUGAACCGGUUCUCCUGCCGGGGUUGGAUCAGCUUCCAGACCUUCAGCGGCGUGGAGCUCAGAUGGAGCGUGAAGGUGAUGAAGCAGCAGCUCUUGCAGGUGAACAUCUCAGGUUUCAGGAGCUUAGAGUCAGAAGAACAAACGGGCUGCAGCGUUCAUGCUGUCGCCGGAGUCUGCAGCCGAGUCUGGAGGAAACCCGGCCGCUGUGAUGAAGCUUCCAACAGACCAGCUGGACCUGAUGUUCUGAAGAAGCUCUGGGGCCAUCAGAUGCAUCAUCAUCUUCAUCCUCAUUACCAAUAUCUGAUCAUCUUCAUCAUCCUCCUCCUCUUCAUACUGAAAGUCUAAAUGAAUUUGACAUUUGAAUGACUUUUUCUGGCGUCUCCAGCCCGUUUCCUCCUCCAGUGAUGCUCGUACUCGUCGUCCACGGUCUCAUGAGGACCAGCAGCCUGAAGACCAGCACAGAGGAGAAAUCUGUGCAGCAGAAUAGUUCUGGUCGACCACUGGUCCACAGCUGAGAGGAGGGACCCGUCUGUCAGCUCCAGAUUUCCUCUGAAGGGACGCAGUGUGAGUUCUUCAGGGACAGAGUGACACCGCAGGUUCAACAGCUGACUGAUGGACUACAACUACACGGCGUUGGUCCUUGGCAUCCCUUUGAUCAUCAUCAUCCUCCUGGGGAACAUCCUGGUGUGUCUGAGCGUGCUCACUGAGCAGUCCUUGAAGACUCCCACCAACUACUUCAUCAUCAGCCUGUCGGUGGCCGACCUCCUGCUGGCCACGCUGGUGUUGCCGCUCUACGUUUACUCUGAGUUCCUGGGAGGAAUCUGGACUCUGAGCACCCUGACCUGUGACGCUCUGAUGAGCAUGGAUGUGAUGCUGUGUACGGCCUCCAUCCUGAACCUGUGUGCCAUUAGUGUGGACAGGUACAUCGCAGUGGCAGUGCCGUUAACGUACAGCAGAAACCGGUUCAGCGCUCGCCAGCUGCUUCUCAUCACCGCCACGUGGGUUCUUUCUAUGGUUGUAGCAAGUCCAGUCAUCUUUGGGCUCAACCAGGUUCCCGGUCGUGACCCGGCUGUAUGUAAACUGGAGGAUGAUCGCUUUGUGGUGUACUCCUCGGUCUGCUCCUUCUUUGUGCCUUGCCCCGUCAUGCUUUUCUUAUAUUACUGGAUGUUUCGGGGCCUGCGGCGGUGGAGCGCCCGGAGCCGAUCUCAGACAGACACAGCUCGUCACCAAGCGUUUUCUUUGCAUUUUGGUGCAGCUCUGCAUCAAGCUAACACCCCACAACAGCCAAACAAAGCUUUUGGAGCAGCAUCCGAGCUCAGCCCCACCGCUCCUCCAAGGACAAACACCCGCACAGCCUCGCACGCAGAACAGAACCUGGACGGAGUCGCGGUGGUUGCUGAGAGCGACCCGGUGACGGCGCAGAUGAACAGUGUGUCAGAUAAGCAGCCUGCAGAAGGAGGGCGGAUGAGGAGAGGAAACAGCUCGAACAGCAGCGCUAGAAAACAAAGGAGAAGCUCCAGCAAAACCAGCAGAGUCAGCAGGAAGGAGCGCAAGGCCAUGAAAGUCCUGCCCGUUGUUGUUGGUGCGUUUCUGGUCUGCUGGACGCCGUUCUUCGUCGUCCACGUCACCAAAGUGCUGUGCAAGUCAUGUGAUAUUGGCCCCACCCUCAUCUCUGUGGUCACAUGGCUGGGCUACGUCAACAGUGCCGUAAACCCGAUAAUCUACACCGCCUUCAACGCUGAGUUCAGGACUGUCUUUCAGAAGAUGAUGUGCUGUCACACCUGAACCGCCCGCUCCUCUGGGUCCAGAAGCAAAGUUCUCUGGAGGCAGAGCUCCCCCUAGUGGUCUGCAGUGACCUGACACCUCAGCCCAGAGGACUAGCAGAACCAUGAGGGUUCCUCGUUCUUACGCCAGUGUUUGGGAGGCUUCUUUUCUUUGGUGACGAUGACAUCGUGAUGAAUGUCUUUGGGCCUGAAACAUGGAGGAUGUUUUUCUCCGUGACGUCUGCUUGACACGCGUGACCUACUGUGACCACAGUAGAAAAUAUCAAUGAUGUUCUGUUGAUCGAGUCGUCUCUAAUCUGAACUUCAUCUCAUGGAUGAAAACAAACCAGGACAACAGUGGCAGACUAAAACCACACGCUGACCCAGUCCUGGGGGCGGAGCUUAAGUGUUCAGGACUUUCCCAGAGAGUCCAUCAGAGCAGGAAGUUAACGUGCAGAUCAGAUCCAUAAAGAGGUUGUCUGAGGUAUAUAUGUAGAUAUGCAGGGGGGCUCAUACGUAAAUAUACAGACUUAUUAUGAAAAGCUCAGUGGCCAAGUGGUAGAGCGUCCGCCCAGAGACAGGAAGGCUGUGAGUUCAAAUCCAGGCCGAGUCAACCCAAAGCCUCCCUGUUUAACAGUCAGCAUGGAGGGAGGGUCGGAUUGGGGGUUAAACCAACAAAUGCUUCCUGUCUGCAUCUCACUGCUCCCCCAGGGGAGGGGUCAAAUGCAGGAAACAAGACUGUGUCUGGAUUCCCCCCUAACCCCUCCAUGGUUCUCUAUAUAGAGUGUUCUCCAUUCUAUGGUGUCUGAGUCUACAAUUUCACUAUCCAGAAACCUAGAAAUUUCCCAGAAGUCUCUGUGAAAAACCAAUGUGCAUUGAUGCUCACUAGAUGGGUGAAUAUAGACCACAAUGCAUUGCGUCGGAACAUUUUUUACCAAAAAUGCUACCCUCAUGCUAUCCUGCCAUUUGGAAAGAAAAAAGUAGUGAGCAUGGUGUCUGAAUUGCUUUUAAAAUCCAGAACACUACAUAGUUUUCAGUAGUUAGGGCGGGAAUUAAGACACAAUUGCAGUUGUGUGCGGGGCGCUGACAACUGCAAACAUUGUGUUUUGUCGUGCCUGACUCCUUCUGUUACUCAGUUUUUACCGUUUUUCAUUGCCAGUCAAGGCUGUCAGGGUUUUCCCCCUGACCCCUCUGUUGUAACAGCACCAGCUGCUGUUGUGGAGCGCUCUGUCACGCUCUCAGAUCUCUGACAUGGUCCAGCACCUGAGCCCUUCCCCCUGCCCAGGUGACUCCUGGAGGAGGUCUUGGUUCCCGUAGGCCCCUGAAUAAUUGGUCUCAUAACUCUUCUCUUGUUUCGCGGUGUGUCCCAGCUGCUUUCAAUGCUUAACCCUUGUUCUAUCCUAGGCACUUUAACGUUGGGAGUGGGGUCAUCUAGACCCACUAGA